GAUGAAGUUAAACCUCUCUGUUGGCUUGUUUACAAAUUUAUUUGCAUAAAAAAAAAUUUCAGUGUUUUUCAAUGUUUUAAAAUUCAGAUUUAUUUAAAUCUUCAGAUACUCAACUAAAUGUUACUCGCACUAUAUGCAGCUGUUCCUUUCUUAUUGUAUAAUCAGUAACAAGUCACGAUAAAAUUGAAAUCAAUAACUCACCAAAUUUUGAUCAAAAAUGUCGCUUAUUCGUUUGGGUGAUUUUAAAGCCUUCGCUAAAUUCGUGUCUUUUCAAGCUCUUGGAGGAAUAACGACUUACUACCUCAUGAAUCCUCGAGUGAAAAAAGAAGUUUCAAGUAAUGAUCUGAUUGUGACAACCGGCUGUGACUCUGGCUUGGGAUACUCGAUAGCAAUUCAUUGUCACGAUAUCUUAAAAAUGUCAGUUGUGGCUUGCGUACAACAUUUUAACAGCAAAGGCUCACUUAAACUGAAAGAGAUGUACACAAAUUCCAAUAGAUUUCACAUGGUCCAACUUGAUGUGACUAAGCUUGAUAGCGUGAAGGAAAUGAAGAAAUUUGUUAGUGACUUGCUAGAGAAGAACCAAAACUUGCAACUGAAAGCUCUUGUUAACAAUGCUGGAGUUAUGUGCUUCGGUGAAACAGAAUGGCAAACACAUCGAAUCAUCACUCAACAAAUUGAAGUGAAUUUGCUAGGAUCAAUAAGAGUGACAAAAGAGUUUUUGCCAUUGGUGCGUACACACAAGUCUCGAAUCAUUAACGUAACUAGUCAUUGUGGAUUGCAAUCAAUUCCUGGACUUCCAAUCUACUGCGCAUCUAAAGCUGGACUGAAAGCUUUUAAUGAUGGUCUAAGAUUGGACAUGAAAAAAUACGACAUUGAUGUUGUUAAUUUUAUUCCCGGUUCGUUUGUCUUACAAAGCAACAUCACAUCAUCUCAACCAGCAUUCAUUGAUGAAAUGAAUGGAGAAUUUUCAGAAGAACAAAAAAGUUUUUAUGGAGAUUAUUUUGAUCGAUACACAAAAGCACUAAAAAUGUUUUGUGGUGAUAAAAGUCCACAGAAAGUUGAUCAACUUGUUUUGGAAUCAUUUGAAGAGGCGCUUCUUGAGAAUCCAUCAAAAGUUCUUUACAAAUGUGAACCAAUUCGGUACAAAAUUUAUCACACACUUUUUAAAAUUACUCCACAAUUUGUAACUGAUUGGUUGCUUUACAAGUUUGUUGCACUUCCUGAGUAUAUUCCUCCAAAAUCACAACCUUCAUAAUGACGUGAAUCUUAAUUUCAAGAUCUUUUCAUCAAUUUCAACUUCAGAACUUUUUGAUAUUUCAAGAAAAAUUUGUAAAUUGGAAUUUUUAAUGCUUUUUAUUUGUAAAAAAGUUAUAAAAUAUCUAUAAAUGUAAUAAAACCAAAUAAAUUGAAUAAAAAAGAUGUAAAAUUCAGAGAUAUUCACAUUAAAGAACACGAUGAAUUGUCGCCAUCAAAAGCCACUCGAUCCCAAUCAACUCCUUCUUGAAUUGACCUCACAAGAUCAUUUCUUUGAAAUGCAGUUUUUUUGAAACUUUCCAUCAUUUCGAUUUCAGGAAUUGAACCACCAAGUUCUUUGGGAAAUAAUGAUGGAUCGAGUAAUGUCAUUAAUUUAUCCAUAUUUUCGACAACAUGAAUUCUUUUCUUCAACUUUUCAUUUGUAGCUUUUUUAGCUACUUCUAACAUGAAAGAAGCGAAAGACGGCAAUGCCACAAUGUACAUUCCCUUCUGCCUUCCAACUGAUCCUUGUUUGAUUACCGACACAAAAUCAAUUGCAUCUUUUACAGAGAAUAAUCGGAGAUGACCAAAAGUGAUAUCUGAUUGAUCCAUCACAGUGACAAUGCCAGAGAUUU